AUGCCAGAAAAAAGCAGACACUGCUGUAUACGGAAACGUUGGAUUGUUUUAUCUAUUGUGCUUGGUCUCGCCGCUGUUGUAGGAUUCUCCUUUGCUAUUUUCAAAGAAGUCUACACGCCCGACCCCCCCUUCUACCAGAGGCGUGGCGGCACCAGACAGAAUACCCUGCUGGACCAGUACCAGAGUUUUUUCCGCGAGGUGCCCCAGGCCGGCCUGACCGUCAACGACGUGGUCAGUGAACCGUACGAGGUGCCGGAGACUGACACGACCGGCAACGAUACCUGCAGCUUACAGUGUGCCAGCCGGCCCUCACUGACGUCAUCGCUGGACGAGCCAAGGGUUGGCAGGUUGGCCGAUUUUGACGUCAAAUCCAAGAGCAGACGUACGUUUCACGGAUGUUGUGAGUCCUACCAGGACUACUCUGCUCCACCUACACUUUACACGCCUUCAAACAAGAGAGUCAAGCUGGUCCAAUUUAAGACCCGGAAGCAGUUUUUUCUCCAGGACGUCUGCAGGCACGUACAGGGCUGUCAGCGCGGCUGUCGCUGUAAGCAGCAGAACAUCACGACGGUGGCCGUGGUGGUGGACGACGACGGCCAAUAUGGCGACUACCCCAGCGAGGAGGAUCAGCUUGUCUACCGUCGUGCCAGACUCGAGUUCGUCACAUACCCGGGCUGGUGCAAGUGUUUCAAUUCAUCCUAGACGUG